GCGUCCGUCCGUUCGCCCAGAGUCCGUUCGCCAUAAUUCUCGUUCGCCCUUUUCCUCGUUCGCCCUAUAUCCCGUUCGCCAUAUAUAUAUAGUAUAUAGUAUAUAUUAGGCUUUUUUUUUAUUUUUUAAGACAUUUAUUACGUAUCGAUUUUUUUUCCCGCAAUUAACAAUUUUAAGUUUCUUAAAUAAAUAGACUGGUAUUUUAAUUCUGAUUGUAGUGUUUAUAAAAGACAUAAUUAGUUUAAAUGUAUGUUAUUUUUAAUACUGUAAUUUGGGGAAUCAGCUCCUUUGUUUUCUUAACGAUUCGCGAUGUUUUGAAAGCAAUAUUGAAGACAUUGAGACGUUAAUAGGCCCAUUAUGGAUAUGAGCACCGGUUUUAUCUUUGAAGAAUUUUUUGAUUUUCAACUACAAACCAGUCCUUUGAUCUCAAGAAUGAUUUAUAAGACAUUCAACUUAAUAAGAGGGCGAACGAACCAUGGGCGAACAAGUUUUAGGGCGAACGGGAAUAAGGGCGAACGGCGUCAUGGGCGAACGCGUUUUAGGGCGAACGAACAUACAUUCCAACCCAAUCAUGGCAAUGACAGGUUUUGAUAUGUCCAAAGAAACUAUGAUCCUAAUUUGCACCCUUUUGAGGCCCCAAGAGAAUAUGUCAGGGCUUUGAAUGCCACAAAGUUGGAGCGAGUAUUUGCCAAGCCAUUUAUUGGGGCGUUGGAUGGGCAUAGGGAUGGUGUGAAUUGUAUGUGCAAACAUCCAACAUCACUGAGUUUUCUGCUCUCUGGGGCUUGUGAUGGAGAGGUACGAGUGUGGAAUUUGGCGAAGAGAAGUUGUGUCACAACACUUCAGGCACAUGAAGGCAUAGUUCAAGGAAUGUGCUUUCAUCCAAAUGGAAGAAGUUUUCUUACAUGUGGUUUAGAUAAAGUAAUCAAGCAGUGGGGGAUCUCAGAAGAGUGCUCAAUCAAUGAAGAACCUAUCAACACAAUUCUUGGAAAGAGUGUGUUUCAAUGUAUGGACCACCACCAGGCAGAGAAUAUUUUUGCAACUUGUGGUCAACAAGUGGACAUUUGGAAGGAAGACCGGUCAGAACCAGUAAGGAGCUUUAGCUGGGGAGUGGAUAGUACUCACCAUGUCAAAUUCAACCCAAUAGAGACAAACUUACUUGGAGCAUGUGCCUCAGACCGCAGUAUAUUACUGUAUGAUCUACGAGGUUCUACACCAUUACGAAAGGUCAUAUUGUCACUCAAAUCUAAUGCUAUAGCUUGGAAUCCCAUGGAAUCAUUUGUGUUCACAGUAGCUAAUGAAGAUUACAAUCUGUACACCUUUGACAUGCGAAAGUUGUCUGCUCCAGUCAUGAUGCACAUGGAUCAUGUAGCAGCUGUGAUGGAUGUAGAUUAUUCCCCAACUGGAAAAGAGUUAGUAUCAGCAGGAUAUGACAAAUGUCUCCGAAUCUUUAAUGUUGACACAACUCGCAGCAGAGAAGUUUACCACACAAAAAGAAUGCAGAGGGUUAGGGUGGUGAAAUGGUCUUUAGAUAACAAAUACAUCAUCUCAGGAUCUGAUGAAAUGAAUAUUCGUGUGUGGAAAGCUCGGGCAUCAGAAAAGCUUGGAAUGAUAACCACGAGAGAGAAGGCAUCCAUCAAUUAUAAUGAGAAGUUGAAAGAUAAAUUCAUGCAUCACCCACAAAUCAGAAGGAUUGCCCGACACAGACAUGUGCCCAGACAAAUACACAGUCUGUCAAAGGAGAUGAGAAUUAUGAGGGAAUCACGCAAACGAAAAGAGUCCAACAGAAGAAGACACAGCAAACCUGGAGCUGUUCCAUAUGUUCCAGAGAGGAAAAAAGCAAUUGUGAAAGAAGUGGAGUAAUGACUAGUGCAUUGAUUAUAUUGGUGCUGGUACUGGUGUAUUUUUGGAGAGCAUAUGUUCAUUUAUCUAGGGUGAAACUGUCACAAAUUUGUUAUUUUGCAAUUUUCGUUUAACAUGGAUAACAUCUUGGUAAUGGAUAAAAGUUUUGUAAGAGAUGGAAAUUUUAUGCAAGAGUUUCAUGGAUGAUAAAUACCAAUUCAAGACUGUUAAUAUGAUUUUACCUAUUCAAUUUUUCAGUGAUUUGUCAGUGACAUUCAACUUUAGAUGUUUCAUUUAAUUAAUGUAAUAUAUUACAUUGUUAUUCAACAGACAGUGUUUGACUUGAUGAAAUAAAAUUUAAAACACAG